AUCUAGGUCGCUGCGUCACGUGUAAACCGGUUGUUUUCGCGCCAAACGCCGACUCCUGCUGGCCACCACAUAGACAAAGGCGGCUGGUGAGGUUGUGGUGACCGAGACCAGAAUUGUUAUUACUUUCGAGCAACAGCAGUAGCCCCGCAAGUGUUUUUUGAGCCGCCAGCGACCGUAACUCGUUGUCAUAGGUACUGUGUGUAGUGUAAACUGUGUACUGCAGUCCGCUUAAUACGCCCCCUAUAUCGUGCAGCGGCUCUGUGUUGUCCGGGUGCACACAUAUUACAUCCACCCGCUGUGUAUUCCGUUUUUCCUAUACGUUGUAACGGAGCAUCUCACCAUCUAUAAAAUGUUUGUUAUUGUGAAAGUGUAAUGGUACUUAUGCCUCAUCAAGUGAAUGCGCUAGGAAGGUCCUCCUAAUAGGGAGGAUCUUAGUGUUAUUAUUACGGUUAACGUUGUUACACUGUGCAAACACCAAACGACCGAUCCGCAGCUAGAAUCACUGGGUCUAAUCCGUCUUUGUCUGAGUCGCUUUGUAUUGAUGGGAUGUCCUGCAACACCGAAUAGUGCUAAGGAAGUGGACAUAGUUGCCGUACAAGACACACUCUACUUUGUGUCGACCAGUGCUUUCUGUACAGACAAGAUAAGCAGCUAACACCAGAAGACUGUCUAUCUGGGUAAUCCUAGCUCUAUUUGAUUUUUAUGUUGACUUGUGUUGGCGUAAUUGCGCCUGACAUUAGACGGGUGACGGCCACGAUUUCAUAGUAGCGACAAUGGGUGUCUCAUCCGACGCGGACCAAGCGAUUCAGGAGCGUCUCAAGUCAGUAUGCCUGGCCCUCAACAUGGACCGGCAGAGUUCGCAGGAAGCGCUGCAGACCUUCGACGCAAUCGGCAGGAAUUACACACUCGAGGGCGAUUGCCGUCAUUGGCUAGCUUGUAGUUUGUACGUCGCAUGCCGUCUCGGUUCGAUGCCUACCGUGGGCGCUACAUCAAAUUUGCAGGGUAACUGCGUCUCCCUACGUGGACUUCUAUCAACCUGUGAACUCGACCUAUUAGAGUUCUUUCGCAAAAUGGAGCAGUGGUCUGAUAUGGUUAAUCUAGACAGCAACAUGCGGAGACGAUUAAGCUCAUUACGGGAGUCGUUCAACGUGACCACGAUCGUCUUUUCAAAGUUUCAUCAAGUGUUCGGUCAGAUAUUCAAAGGGCCACCGGAGCUCGAACGAAGUGGCGCGGCCAACCGCGGAAAGCGACAUAGAGGGCCUACCACAGUAAUGGAUCUUUAUAGACUAUGCUGGUUAUUGUACAUCGCUCUGAAAAGCCGAAUUAACACGGAAACGGUGUCAUGUUUUCACCUACUUCUAUGUUGCCUUGACUUUGUCUACGUGUCGUGCCUGCAUGCGGAUAGGACCGACCUGCUUAAUCAGGACUUCUAUCAGGAGCAACUAGGAAAAUGCACCGCAGACGGUUCUGAUCUGAAGGUUGUCGGUUUGCUUCGAUCAUUGUGUGAGACGCACAAGGCAGUGUUUUCGGACGCAAACAUACUACGAAUUUACUAUUUGCAAAAGCCAAUCAAAGAGCUUGUACAAAUGGGAACUUUGAAAGGAAGCACGUCUUCACUCAGUCUCUCAAUCGAAUUUAAAGAUGUCGAGCAUAACAUCAAAUCCUUAAAACAGUCAUACGAGCUGUCCGUGCUGCGUGCGGGGGAGCUUGAUGAACAAGUAUUCCUCGCCGAGGAUGCGUGUCAGCAAAUCGGUGUGGAGCCUGUUUCCGAGUCGGAAGCUCAUGACACCCUCUGUCGCUCGCUGGUCGAGUACAUGAGACGCCAAGGUGCGCUUGGUGCCGGCGUAGGACUCCAAACACCAUUGACUGGCCGCGGCCUUCUGACAAAUAGAGAACCAGCUAUUAACCUCAGCCCCGUGUCGACUGCCACUCAAGGCGCAUCGAAGCUUCAUAGCCUACUGAUCGGACGCAAUCACAUGCCGUCCGAGACACUCAGUCACAUGUUCGCGCAGAUUGUUCCGAAUCCGGCCGAAACAAUCGAUCAAACAAUCAAGGAAAUGGGAGAAAUAUUUUGUAAAGCGUAUGCGGCUCAAAGGGACGACGACAGGGAUCUACCAGCUAAUCCAGAUUUAUUCGAUUUCGCGAAGAAACGUUUAGCGUUAGGCGAAGCGCUCUUCUACAAAAUUCUCGAAGCCAUUCUCACAUUGGAGCAUAAUACAACGAGCAAACCGUUAAAUAACUUUAGUGUUUCUCUGCGACAAGAACAAUUUCAACGCUCGUUAUUUGCCAGCUGUCUAGAGAUUGUUAUGUUGUCGUACAACUCGAAAGAGACGCUCUUUCCUUGGAUACUAAACGUGUUUGGACUCAAGGGUUACGACUAUUAUCGCAUCAUAGAACCAGUGAUUCGCUCCGAGCAGCAGCUUUCACGGGAUGUGGUUAAGCAUUUUAACAGGAUCGAGGAACAGAUUUUGGAAUGUAUCGCGUGGCGUUCUGACUCGCCAGUUUGGGAACAACUCGGAUCGAAGCAGGUUCCGCAGGCUCAACAGGUCCUACUACCGAGUCAGUUGCAGGUUAACUGUCAGGAAGCAGCCAACGCUCCCCAACGUACAGAGGUAUUCCGUCUGCUUAAUCGCGCGGAGCUGGCCUCACCAACAGUGGCCAGUGUUGCCCGGCGAAAGCUUUUUGGAGCUACGACCAACGAUAACUCCAGUACCAACGGUCCAGUUCGUCUCAUGAUGACUGCUCCGGGACAGUUUAUGGAGAUGAUUCCCGCGAUAGAGAUUUCCGCUGCUCCUGCGGGACCAGCUGGAACACCUGUUGAGGCCGUAAAAGGCAGUUGGGGUCUGUUCUUCAGAAAAGUUUACUUCUUGGCUUCAGUGCGACUACGCCACCUAUGCGCAAGUCUUCAGAUACCCGACGAGCAUCUGGCCAAAGCCUGGACGAUGCUUGAACACGUGAUGGUGCACGAGACGUCGAUCUUUAAAGAUCGACACCUUGACCAAGUUAUACUCUGCUGCGUAUAUGCGCUAUGCAAAUUAUUCCGGAUCGAAAACACGUUUUUGGACAUCACCCAGAGUUAUAAGAGCCAGCCGAACUCGCAGAGUCAUGUUUACCGUAGUGUUCUCAUUACACCAGCCCAGUCUUCGACAUCGGGAGAAUCUCCGCCUUCAUCGGUUGUCACAGAAGUUGCUGGACAGCCAACGAGUGGCACUGCCCCACCGCCGACUCCUGGCGGUAUGGCAGGGACCUCUCAAUCGUUUGAGGAUGGCCAGCGUGGAGACAUAAUCAAAUUUUACAACUGUGUCUUCGUGCCUCGCGUACGACCAUUCUUGCUAAGUUUCAGAAGUAACGAGACCUCGGGCGGUUUGGCGGGAACAAGCAACCCGUUACUUAGUCCCCUACCGCGGGCACAUGGCGGCCUCGGAUCACCAAAGCCUUUGCAGGUCACUAAUGAUCUGAAGGUGUUUGUCAGUUCAUACAAAGGCAAUAACAUGCCGGCGACGUUUAACGCAAAAACGUUCCGUAUUCAGCAAAGUCCGGCAAAGGAUCUUGUCGAUAUCAACAAAAUGGUCCAACGUCGAGGGGAAGAAAUGGCAGCUGUACGCGGUACAAAGCGUUCACUAGACAUGGAUGGCGCCACUGAAGGUAUUCCCAAGCGGCUUCAGAAUCGUUUCCAAACGAUGUUUGUACAACAGGCCAGUCCCCAGCACGGCGCGCAAUCUGCAACGGUUCAGCAGUCAAGAUAGAUUUCAAUCUAAUAUGAAGACUAAUCUUCACCUGGUUGUAAAGCAAGGAAAAGGAACAAAAUAAAGUAGAAGAUAAACGACUGCAUAAAAGAUAAUCGAAAACGACAAACCCGUCAUCCUUACGUCAGAGAUAAGAGUAGCCAAGACCUGCAUUCGCUCAGCAGCUAUCAAUUGUAAUAGCAUAACGUCAUAAUUAUCUUCGUGAUCAUUGUCUUUACGGAUAAGAAAGAUCACUAGACUGGAAAUGCUGCUUUUUGAUGGAGUGCUGGCGAUUGCCAGACCGAUCAGUGCCGGGAUGUGAUGAUGUGCGGCGCACAAGCAAAAAACUAAGACUAACUAAUAUUUCAUCAUCUUCAUCCAUUUAUUAUAUAUGUUAAGGGAAAAGUCUAAGGCUGCUGAGAUACUAUCGAUGUAAUAGAUCAAUAUCUUCAAGUAAGUGAUAGGAUAGUCGAAAGAUGCGUAAAGAUAUUAUAUACAUAUAGAAAAUUUCUGAGAAUGGUAAUGAUGUAACUCUGUCUUAGGCACACCUGUAUAGCCGCAUGACGAGCAUGGGGAAGACGAAACAAAAGAGACACAAGAAACUACAAGAAAUAGUAAUAUUAGGUUGUUUACUAGGUUCUUCGCCUUUUUGUUCAUUGCUUAUCUUUUGGAAUUGUUCAUCUGCGAGUUAUAUGCCAUGGAAAGUUUUUUGCUCUACAGGGUUGUUGUCAUAUCAUGAACUUCAUACUCACGGUAAAAUUGCGACAAUAGCUUUGUAAAACAAAGAGUAAGUUUUUCAAUGGCAUGUAACAUUGGACUAUCAGCAAAGGCAAAAUAGAAAAGAAAAGCAAGAAAUCAACGCGUGACAGACUUACCCAACAACAUUCUAAUAACGCUGGGUAAAGAAGAUGUUUAUGAAUGAACGCAAAUACAAUUACACACAUUCUUAUAAAGAUUUUCGCAGACACAAGCACGAAUAAACGGCGCGUACAUUACGGCGGAGAGUAUUAAGCAACGGCCCAUUGUCCUUUUAUGGGAUGCUAAUUGUGCAUAAAAUGAACGAAGAUUGUAAUUACUGUAGCAUCUGAAUUACUGGAUGCCUGCUCUGAUCUGCCAACAUAACAGCUGCUUGUAGAAUAGUUAAGACUAAUUCUAUAUAUAUAUACUAUGCUUACCUACAAAAAUUAUUAUUAUUAUCAUUACUCUUAAUAUUACAAUUAUUGCAUAUUUUUUCAUUACCUAUUUUUUCAAGAGCGAUUGCGACCUGGGACUGAGAGAUUCGCUGAUGUCGCUGUGAAAUCUAUCGUUUAGGGGAAGGGGACUGGGUGUUUCGCUUUGCUUUCCUUUUUUUCGGAUAUUGGCACUAAAGUUAAGGCUAACUAAGACGUUGGAAAAUUAUUAUUUUUAUUUUUUCAAUUAUUUUGGCGUUUGUCAUAGAGUGCACUUGCGCGAUCAAUAGAGUCUUAAGACGGAACGAAAAGUAACGGACCGGUGGGGCAGAAUUGAAGGUACAAACACAUGCCAAAUUAAAUUUCUUCGUUUUAUUCUAUGUGAUACAUAUCGUCAAACAAAUCGGUGUUUUAGAAUGGACGCAGCAAUUUUGAAUUUGAAUAACACUAUUAUUGUAUUAUAUUGGUAAGAGUUCUCUCUUGAGAUGGUUUUUGUCCUAAGAGCCGUAGUUCAAUCAUUGUGAUCCAGACCUAGGCAUCUUAACGUGAUCAAAAUGAGGCUGGAGAUGCAUAGAUUAUGGCUGUAUAGUCGAUAUGUUCUAAGUUUGAACCGGUUCGUAAGCUCUUUAAAAUAAAAAUCGAGCUCCUAGUGAAUGUAUACAUAUUAAAAUAAACUGUUUACUCUAGGUAACCAGUUACGUAUUAUACUGACGGCGAUAUUGAGGUAAAAGGUUUAGGUGUCUUAAAGUCGACCCAACAACCACCCAUUUUAAAUACUAGGGAGAAUGUUCCCAGCUUUAAUGUCAAUUUAAACCAUUUUGUCACUGACAGAGUUGAUUUGGAGAGCUAAUGUAACUAGCGUCACUAUGAUGAGAGAGGUCUUAGCAAGUCACUCUAAUGAUUAUGGUAAUUUCGAAAAAAUUUUUUAAGUGGUACUAUAGGGCUGAAGACGUACAUCCACUUUAGCGAUUAAACAGCUUAUAAAAAGGCGAAUGAGCAAAAUAUAUGGAAAAUCAAGUUAAGUGCAACUCGUCUACAGUGUUUCUCUGGGGUUCGUAUAAACAAACAUCGAUUUUAGAAAUCAACUGAAAACCGAGGAACUUCUUCCUAAAAUUUCAUUAAUAAUAUUUUAUUUUUUUAUAUUCAUACAAAUCGCGUGAUAUGUAUGGGAUGUGACAUUAUCAUUCGUUCAGUUGUUAGCAUUAAUUAGGUUGGGCUAAUAUCUUAAUUUAGAUCGUUGGUAGGUGGAUUUUUUUAAACUCUUCACGUAAACUAUGAAUUUCUUUAAAAUUUGUUAUUAUAUCUAGAUCGGCGUUGCCUAUUCUUCUUUUCACUAAAUUACCUCGGAAUAAUAUCUUACAUAUAUACUACUUUAGGCUUUUUUUGGGUACGUAAGGUAUAUGUAAGAAUAAGCAUAAGAAUAAUCAAAGAGUAACUCUGUAACUAUUAGUUACAAUAAGAGUAACUAAUGGUAUUAGCUGUGCAUAAAAGGCGCUUGCCAUUUUUCAUCAUAGGUGGUCUAUGAUCCGGUUUCAUUACCUUCGCUGUAGUCUCUUGGCGUUUUAUGUUACAACUCCGGACAUACAGUUUUUUUAACCUACUACUGGCAGAUUAAGAAAAUAUUCCUUAAGUUUUUUUUAAUUUGCAGCUGUUUUCUGUGUGUGAUUUAAACUGUGAAGUAUUACUGUGGGAGUCAUCCAGUGGGAGGCUUAGGGGAUAACUAGACCCAAUUCAGUUUUUACUCUUAGCCCAACCCAGGCUUACGUCGCGGAGUGUCGGCUUCAAUACGAAACACUGUAUGUUAUGAUGCUUUCUGUGCGGUGUGGGGUAUUCAGUGUGGGUUUUGCGACGCUCAUUUACGUUUUUUCAAAGAACCUACGAAACGGCACGUUAGUAAUAUGUCAUUUGCCAAGCAUGAAACUUUGAGCAGCGAUGGUCACAUGAUUAUGAUCAGCAUGGCAAGGUAUUGAAAGAGAUGUGUAUUAAUCGCUCAGGCCACGCCGUUCUUUCUUUCGAUAUCUGCCCCAAAUCAUAUUAGGUAAUGUAGAUUGACAACGAUCUUGCAGCUCCAUUUUAAGCAAAAUAAACCUCUUUUCUCUUCCAAAACUGAAGUAUUGUUUACAAAACAUGCCAAAAUUUGUGGACGCAUUCUGAAAAAAUUUAAUGAAUAGCUAUUAAUAUUUAUGUACUGCAUUUGUCUGAAUAUGAAGCUGUGUACUUAAUUCAUUUAAACAUGUUAUAAUACUUGAACUACGGAUACUAAUUAUUUUCCAGUUAUAAAGUGACUUUCAAACCCUGUGCUAUCAUUAGCAGACAGGUGAUAUCAGUAGAAAUAUAAUUCCAGAAAUAAUCAUAUAAAUUAUAUCAUGUCGCACAGUUCUGUUGGCAGUUGUCAUUUUGGCAUUUCCCUCCGCUGAGCACAGUCUGAUGGGUGGUUCCAAGCCCUUCGUAUAUCUUGUCGCCGUAAAACUCAUAAUUAUUAACUUAGAUAUCUAAAUGUAUGCUAUCGGACAUCAAUAUGACUGCACGCUACGACUAUAUUUGUAGCGACUAGCCGCUGAGCAUCAACAGGUUACAAUGAUAAGAGGAAUGACUGGGAAAAAGUUAAGGUGACGCCAGCAUUAUCUUGUUAAGUUCGUGAAUCGAUAUCAGCAACGAUAAAUGGCGUUGUCAGUAGCUAGGGAUUAGCCUGAGCAUUGUAUUGAUUUUCAGAUGACGCAGUUCGGUAGUGUUCGCCUCCUUUGAUGAGUCGUAACGGUUGAAACGCCUGAGAAAAAACAUGACGACUUCUGUUGAUCAGUUGGUCUAUUUGUUCAGAAGAAGCAUGCGUUAACUGCUUUGUGAUCGAUCGCAAGCCAAGUAAACACUGCCGUUUGAGGGCGAGGGCAAAAAGUGUGACAACAAGUGAAGGCCUAAUAGAGGACACCAGUGCAAGUUACAGCUCAUACUUUCAUAACUCCAAAUGUUAGCCACAAAAGCCUGUAGAUGGAAGCAAAAGCAGUGAUUGCGGACACGAAGACCCUGACGAUUUUCGUCGUAAAUAAAUCGUAGAGGAAAGUGCUACCCAUUCGACGCUGGAAUUCGGCUUGUUGAGGAAUUGCUGCACGUAGUGCAUGUCGAAUUAAACAUACGUGAAACGUAUCCGAUAGCAUGUAGUGGCUACUCUGUCAUUUAUUCGAAUGUGACUUAACUGACUUAUGGUUUUAAUGGGCCAGUAUUGAUAUACGCAACGUUCGGGUUUAUCGUGUACACGUAUCAUGGAUACAAUGUGCGCACAAUAAAAUGCGUUUGCGUAUUUAUAAAAAGGCCCAUCAGCUCGGUAGUUUAGACGGUUCGACCUUUGGCUGAGUAUCACAGGCCGCUGGUUCAAGCCCUGCCCUCAAUAUGUAUUAUACGGCAAGUGUAUUUAAAUAAAGAAACGAACAUUUCAAGAAGAUAGGUAGACCGAUGCAACUUCGAUACUUGUGAUCCAGAUAAACGUGGAUAUACUAUAUUGCCACUUACUGUCAUGCAUAUAUAUGCAUUGAUAUUGGUGGGUAUAAGAGAUAUUUUUCGUAGUCUCCAGUGUGGUUUUACAUUUUCACCACGCUAGCUGUGUGUAGAGUACGAUAAAGAACUUGCAAGUAAUCUAUUUCAUGUUUCUCGUACGACAGCAGCCAUACAUAGGUGCAGUAUGGAAUACAAAUUUGCAGAUCAGUAAUUAAUGUUGGAAUAAUAAUAAUAUUAUUUAGUUUAUUCUAAAUAAAAUGAGCAAGGAAAAGGCGUUUGUUUAAACCGGCCACCGUUUCUCGUAUUACCGCCUACUUAAUCUAUAGCACUCUGCUCGUCAUAACAUUCCGAUUAUAUAUUUCACAAUAAAAAAUACUAAAAUACCAAGAAUUAAGCCCUAAAAACCUUCGUUAAGAUGCUGAUGGAAAUUAUGUUAACCUAGAAAAACAUCGAACGUCACCUAUAACUGUUUUAAAAUGUACGUUUAAUGAACAAACAUAUUUGCAUGCAAUUAGUGGAAUUUUCUAAAAUUAUAUUCAAUUAAGACUUCAAACUUCAAUUAAAAGUAAUAAAGGUUAUAGUUAACCUUAUCUAAAUAAGUUGGAUUGAAAGGACUUGAAUAUAUAACACAGGAAAUUCACUACCAGUUAAGAAACAUUUUGAUAUAUUUGUUAAUACAACUCUUAAAGGGCGAUAUGCCGAUGGCGUAUAGAAGUGUCAUAAUAAAAGUACAAUCCUAAAAAGGGUAUGCGCUGCUAUCGAAUAGAGUUUGACGUAGUAACUGACCUUGCGUUAAAAAACAAUUGUCUUUGAUGUUAAUAAAUAGUGUAUAUUAACUUAAGCAGGUAUAUAUCGUUGGUAUAAAAUUUACUACAUUCGAAAAUUUCAACCAAACAGGCUGGACGGGGUGUAUCUCGUCUAGUGGUUAUAGUAGAAUUUAAAUUAUUAUAAGCGUAAGUCUAUUAGCUAACUGAAAGAGUUAACAUACCAGAAAAUUGGUAUGACGAAUUAAUAAUAAUUUCAUCAUCGAUUCUUUCAAUGAUGUUAGGUAAAUUCUAUGCCAAUACUGCCAACGAACCUGAUGGAUGCGCCGAGUCACGAGACAUUUUAUGCAGAUUCAUACACUUAUAAUAAUGAAAAUAUCGUUGGUGGUUUAUCGUAUCACACUAUUCGAUAACUACAACAAAAUAUGUAUAUCUGUGGUGUCGUGUAAAAAUUCAUCGCGGAGGAAGAAAAAAUAGUUACGUGUUUUGCAACAGACGUUAGUUGUCUUUCGGUAAACAUUUGGUGCUCAGCAUGAUACAUUAUAUCGCUUUCGAUCUUUACUUCUUAAGGUUCCUGAGGAAACAUAAAAAUUGUGUAUUUAUUAUUUGUUUAUAUUUGCAUAACACACUUUCGUAGCUUCUGAUCUCUGUGCGGUUGUAAGCAUACAUCGUUGUUACUUUACUUGCUCGAACGACUAUCUGCAAAAUGAAGCAAUACAAUAUAUGUUUAAAAAAUCGUUCUAUGAUAUUACAAUAAACGUUUUUAUCAUCAGUGUCACAGCUGAUACAGUAAUAUAGACUAGGCUUUGCUUCAAAAGAUCAGAAUAUAUUGAGGUAUUUCGCGCAUGUGUCAAAAGUGACCAGACUGUGGGUGUGGACGCAACAUUAUUAGUACACACAUAUUGCUGCUGUAAUGCUAUCUGGAGCAUUUCAAUUAGCGAGCACAAAGGUACUUGCUGAAUGAUUUUAAGUAGAUAAAAGAAAACAGUUUAUGUGAUACUAUAGUUACCUAUAAGUGAGGAUCAGGUGGUAGAAACGACUCCGGGCAAAUUCAAAAUACUA